AGCAAAACAACAAAAGAGAAACGGAUUAGGUGAAGGUGCCGUCAUGUCUUCUGUUAUUCCACGUCUGGACAAGCAGACGGAGAAGCAGCUCCUCUCCCUAUUUGAGGGGCAUGUUAAGUUCAGCCUGCUCUACAAGGGCAGCCUGCAUGGCUUCAGUGUGUCUGAAAUAGGCAGGAAGAGCAUCAAUCAGGGCUGCAUCAUAAUGGUGGGCUACUUGGAGGAUGACGUCAUAGUGGGAGGCUGCACAAGUCAGUGGCUCAGAGAUCGGAACACAACAUUCAAGGAUGAAAAGGCCUUUUACUUCUCCAUUGAGAAGUCUAAAGUCACUAGGACCCCCGUGGAGUCUUUCACAACUGAAUAUGAAGUGAUCAACUUUGAGAAUGGCCUAAAGUUCCAUCGGUCCAAAACAAACACUACAAAACUAUUUGUCACUAGAGUUGUCUACAUGGAGGAAGAAGAACAAAUCCUGCAAGAGCUGGAGGUGUACCGGGUGGAAGAUCUCGGUGACCUGCUGGACUCCCCCUGGCGAGAGCUGUGUUGGAACGAAGAGAUGAGGGACCAACUGAAAAACUCCAUCAUCAACUACAAGCCUCCCCUUAAUUUGGUCUCCAAGACAAGGGUCCUGCUUGUGGGCCCUGUGGGUGCAGGCAAGUCGAGUUUCAUCAGCUCGGUGGGCUCUGUUUUUCAUGGCUGGGUUGCCCUCCGUGCAAUGGUGGGCACGGCGGUGCAGAGUUUUACAAACAUGUUUAGAUCAUACAACACCAAAUCUUCACAAGGUGGAGAGCAGUCCCCGCUGGUUCUGUGCGACAUGAUGGGAUUGGGCGGAGAAGACCUACCAGGAGUGAAGGUGAACGACGUGCUGCAGGCGGUGAAGGGGCACGUGCCCGAGGGGUACAAGUUUGACUCCUCUCAUGCCAUUUGCAGUGACACCAGCGGGUAUGUCAGCAGCCCGGGCAUAACAAACAAAAUCGCCUGUGUGGCCUUUGCGGUCGAUGCCAGAAAAGUGCAGACCUAUCCUGAUGACAUCCAGCAAGGGCUGAAGGAGCUGCGGCUGAAGAUCCGAGACCUUGGGGUGCCACAGCUGGCUCUGCUGACUCACAUCGAUGAGGUCUGCCACGGCGUCGAUAAGGACGUGAGUCGUGUUUAUCUGAGCCGACACGUCCAAGACAAGGUGACCGCCGCUGGUAAUCUGCUCGGCCUGCCCGUCUCCUGCAUCGUCCCAGUGAAGAACUACUCAUCUGAGCUGGAGUUGGACUGCAGCACCGACAUACUGAUCCUCAAAGCUCUGGAGCUCAUCCUGCGAUACGCUGAUUUGUUUUACGAUGAUUACGAUUUUUUCAAAGCCAUUCAGUAAUGUGCGUUGGUGUCAUGUUGCCAUUUUAUUAGAAUCCGUAGUUUUAGGGUUUUUUUUAUUGUUGAAUUGAACACAACGUGAUUUCCAACAUUUUGUUAACAUUGCAAGUCGACUUAGCUAGGUGGAAAUGCCCAUUGGGCUGCCAUCAUUUACUCUUGUUUUCUAUUUCACCCCGUAAAAAUUGACCAGUGCAUACAGAAGGAAACUUUCUUUGUGAUGAAGGAGAUUCCAAAGCUCAGCAGAAACCCCGUCGAUCGCUACAGUAAGUGUCCAGUCUGCGGCCACAGAGCUCAGAAUUUCAUUUCUUUUGCUUUUGAUGCAGUGUUUCUCAACCUUUAAGUAUUUAUGACCCGAGUUUUCAUAACAGUU